AUGCUGGCUGUGUCUCGGCUUGCUCUGCGUUCGUCUGUUCGCCCCGCUCUGCGAUCUGUUGUCGCCUCUCCCGUCAUGAUUUCUCGCCGUGGUCUUUUUGAGGGAUACGGUCUUCCCCAGCCGCCUGGAAACAUUGUUGGCACGGUUAACGACGCUGUUCCCACUCCUGCCCCCGACGCCGUUCACGGCUCUUACCACUGGACCUUUGAGCGUCUGGUGGCUGUUAGUCUGGUGCCCCUCACCGUUUUGCCUGUUGCUACCGGCACUCUGUCUCCCGCGGUUGACGCCCUGUUCGGCGGCUUGCUGAUUGCCCACUGCAUCACCGGCUUCCAGUCCUGUAUCACCGACUACAUCCCCACCCGCAAAUUUCCCCGUGGCCACAUAUUCUGCAACUGGCUGCUGUACAUUGGCUCGGCCGGCGCUCUUUACGGCGUUUACAAGAUCGAGACUGAGGAGGAGGGCAUCAGCGGUGCCGUUAAGAAGAUUUGGAACGCGUAA